UUGUAUAAGAACCAGAUAACAUGGCGCCUCACCUCCAAGUAACCUCCAUAGUACUUGGUUUCACUCUCCUCCACCUGGCCAUGGUCAAUACUCUGGACAGUAUGGAAGUCAAAGAUAUCUGCAGCAAUUCCUACAUGAGCAUUAAGGAGGUGGGGCCAGGCGCUGUGUUAGAGGUUGGAGCAAAUAAAAUCCCUGCCCAGAACCCCUGUGUGAUGAGAGUGGAUACAUGUGCACACUGCAAGAUUGAGGUAGAGCCCUACGGUAAAGACUUCAAUCUACUGGGCUGUGACAGAAACUAUGAUAUCACUGGCAAGGCAUGUCCUGUGGGGUACGUUCUAGUAUAUAGUCAUAUAUUGCUUUAAGAAU